AAGGCGAUUUGGAAGCGGUGUUGCAAUUUGACCCUGCGGCACGAUCCAAAGAAGAAGUGUUGAUGGCUUAUCCUGGUUUUUUCACCAUUGCUUUGUAUCGGGUGGCACAUUUGUUAUGGAAUUUAAACAUUCCCAUUAUUCCACGGCAAAUCAGUGAGUACGCUCAUAGAAAAACAGGCAUUGACAUUCAUCCUGGAGCCGAAAUCGGCAGACGAUUCUUUAUUGACCAUGGCACAGGCAUUGUCAUUGGAGAAACCGCCACGGUGGGUAAUGAUGUUAAAAUUUAUCAUGGCGUUACUCUGGGCGCCUUGAAUGUUAGCAAAGAUAAGGCUCAAACCAAACGCCACCCCAAUAUAGAAGACCGAGUGAUCAUUUAUUCUCAUGCGACCAUUUUGGGUGGGGAUACCACCAUUGGUCACGAUAGUGUCAUCGGUGGA